CUUGCUCAAUCCCUCAUGCAUCCCUUGCUCAUCCGUUUCAUCCUCCCAAAAGCACCCGCCGCCACACUCCUGUAUCCACGCAUGCCAUCACGGUUCAUGCGACAACUGCUCAUGAGUGACUUCCAUCACUGUGAGCUGCAGUGUCCACUGGCACACUGGUCAGGGGUGUGGACACCACAGAAGGUGUCAGCAGAUGCAUACAUAAAGACCACAGAGUGUGUCCCACUUUCAGGAGUCCCCCCAAGCUUGAAGAAGAUGGACAUGAGAUUCAUUCCUUGUCUCCCAAAUCUGGAAGCUUCGGGGAGGCAAGAAGGAGGUUACUGUCGGCCAGAACAAGGGGACGCAACGGAGGUAGGUCGGAGCUGCUGCUGUCUCCAUGACCCACAGUAACCAGCAAGAGCUCGCCCACCAGAAGAACAUGAAGAAGCAGAGCGACUCAGUUAACGGAAAGCGCCGAGAUGAUUGGCUUUCUGCUGCCACCCACAAGCAGAGGGACUCGGAGAUCAUGCAGCAGAAGCAGAAAAAGGCAAACGAGAAGGAGGAGGAACCCAAGUAGCUUUGUGUCUUCGUGUCCAACCCUCUUGCCCUACGCCUGUGUGCCUGGAGCCAGUCCCACCAUGCUCGAGUUUCUUCCUGUAGUGCUCACAGGUCCCAGCACCGACGGCAUUCCCUUUGCCCUGAGUC